UCCGUAUUUCGCUCAUCCACUGGUACCACCGCCCCUUCCAUGUCCAGGCGAGGAGCAUGGACAGUUUUCAUCUUCGAUCAGGUUGUGACAUAUGUGAUACUAGCAGCAGGAUCUGUAUCAGCAGAGGUAGUUUACUUGGCUAACAAAGGUGAUGUUGCUGUGACAUGGAGUGAAGCCUGUGGGUCGUAUGGUGGAUUCUGUAAAAAGGCAACAGUGUCUAUCGGAAUUACCUUUUCAGUUGUCGGUUUUUACGUGAUUCUUUCACUCAUUUCUUCCUACAGACUUUUCAGUAAGUACGACGCUCCCAGCAUUUCCUCCAUCGUUGCUUCGUCGUACCCCAGAAACAAGCAGGAUCAAGAAAUGGCAGCUGCUUUCCCAGCUUAACAAAAUUGUACCCGUACUAAACAUAAAAGAAUCGUUGUUAUA